GCUUGAAGAUGCAGUGGACGCCGGAGCAUGCCCAGUGGCCAGAACAGCACUUUGACAUCACCUCGACCACUCGGUCUCCUGCCCACAAAGUCGAAGCCUACAGAGGUCAUUUGCAGCGCACCUAUCAGUACGCCUGGGCGAAUGAUGACAUCUCUGCUCUGACUGCAUCCAACCUACUAAAAAAAUAUGCAGAGAAGUAUUCUGGCAUUUUGGAGGGCCCUGUGGACCGACCUGUGCUCAGCAACUACUCAGACCCACCGUCAGGACUCGUGAAUGGUCGGAAAAACGAAAACGAGCCCUGGCAGCCGUCCCUGAAUUCAGAAGCCGUUUAUCCCAUGAACUGUGUCCCGGAUGUCAUCACUGCCAGCAAAGCUGGAGUCAGUUCAGCCCUCCCUCCAGCAGAUGUCUCUGCAAGUAUAGGGAGCUCUCCUGGGGUGGCCAGCAACCUGACAGAACCCAGUUACUCCAGUAGUACCUGUGGAAGCCACACUGUACCUAGUCUUCAUGCAGGGCUCCCAUCUCAGGAAUAUGCCCCAGGAUACAACGGAUCUUAUCUGCAUUCUACGUACAGUGGCCAACCAGCACCUGCACUUCCCUCGCCUCAUCCAUCUCCUUUGCAUAGUUCUGGGCUCCUGCAGCCACCACCACCCCCUCCUCCGCCACCAGCCCUGGUCCCAGGCUACAAUGGGACUUCUAACCUCUCCAGUUACAGCUAUCCCUCUGCUAGCUAUCCCCCUCAGACUGCGGUGGGGUCUGGUUAUAGCCCUGGGGGGGCACCCCCUCCUCCUUCAGCCUACCUGCCUUCAGGAAUUCCUGCUCCCACCCCUCUGCCCCCUACCACUGUUCCUGGCUACACCUACCAGGGUCACGGUCUGACACCUAUCGCACCCUCGGCCCUGACAAACAGUUCGGCGAGUUCUCUCAAGAGAAAAGCUUUCUAUAUGGCAGGGCAGGGUGAUAUGGACUCCAGUUAUGGAAAUUACAGCUAUGGCCAACAGAGAUCGACACAGAGUCCUAUGUACAGAAUGCCCGACAACAGCAUUUCAAACUCAAAUCGGGGGAAUGGCUUUGACAGAAGUGCUGAAGCAUCAUCCUUGGCAUUUAAGCCAACGAAGCAGCUCAUGUCCUCUGAACAGCAGAGAAAAUUCAGCAGCCAGUCCAGUAGGGCUCUGACCCCGCCUUCCUACAGUACUGCUAAAAACUCACUGGGCUCGAGAUCCAGCGAGUCCUUUGGGAAGUACACGUCGCCGGUGAUGAGUGAGCAUGGGGACGAGCACAGGCAGCUCCUCUCUCACCCCAUGCCGGGCCCUGGGCUCCGUGCAGCUACCUCAUCCAACCACUCUGUGGACGAGCAACUGAAGAACACUGACUCGCACCUCAUUGACCUGGUCACCAACGAGAUCAUCGCCCAGGGACCACCCGUGGACUGGGGCGACAUAGCCGGUCUGGACCUGGUCAAGGCCGUCAUUAAAGAGGAGGUUUUAUGGCCAGUGCUGAGGUCCGAUGCCUUCAGUGGACUGACGGCCUUACCUCGGAGCAUCCUUUUAUUUGGCCCUCGAGGAACAGGCAAAACAUUAUUGGGCAGAUGCAUCGCUAGUCAGCUGGGGGCCACGUUCUUCAAAAUCGCUGGUUCUGGACUCGUUGCCAAGUGGUUAGGAGAAGCGGAGAAAAUUAUCCAUGCCUCUUUCCUUGUGGCCAGGUGUCGCCAGCCCUCCGUGAUCUUUGUCAGUGACAUUGACCUGCUUCUCUCCUCUCAAGUGAGUGAGGAGCACAGUCCAGUCAGUCGGAUGAGAACCGAAUUUCUGAUGCAGCUGGACACUGUACUAACUUCGGCUGAGGACCAAAUCGUAGUAAUUUGUGCCACCAGCAAACCCGAGGAAAUAGAUGAAUCUCUCCGGAGGUACUUCAUGAAACGACUUUUAAUCCCACUUCCUGACAGCACAGCGAGGCACCAGAUAAUAGUACAACUGCUCUCACAGCACAAUUACUGUCUCAACGAAAAGGAGUUUGCACUGCUCGCCCAGCGCACAGAAGGCUUUUCUGGACUAGACGUGGCUCAUUUGUGUCAGGAAGCGGCAGUGGGCCCCCUCCACGCCAUGCCGGCCACAGACCUUUCAGCCAUCAUGCCCAGCCAGUUGAGGCCCGUUACAUAUCAAGACUUUGAAAAUGCUUUCUGCAAGAUUCAGCCUAGCAUAUCUCAAAAAGAGCUUGAUAUGUAUGUUGAAUGGAACAAAAUGUUUGGUUGCAGUCAGUGAUAACUUCUUUUAAAAAGUGUAAUGAAUGUUGGCACACACACAUAAAACCUGCUACAUAGGGUAUAGAGCCCCUUUCCAGUAGUGUUUAAAUUGCAAAGGGUACUGGGGAAGAUGAUGAUUAAGUUGCAUCUUUAGAGUCAGGGUAGAUUUGGAGGGGGGAAAAAAUGCAUCGAAUGAGAGCAUCCGAUUUGAAAGCCCCAGAUGACAGCAUCUGUGGAUGCUCAGUCCAGCUCACGCUAGACAACACUCACCAAGGAGCAAGGUGCAAGUGUGUUGACUUCGGAAGGACAUGAACCUCGUGUGUUGAUUCCAUUCUGCUGUUCUCGAGAUUUAGUUGCUGUCAAGUGCCUGGAGUGGUGCUUUAUUUUUUUGUUUGCCUCACAAUUACAUUGGUGGCAUGUGCUAAUAUAAAGAGCUUUAACUUCAAACAUUAGUGGACUAAAGAGAUGAACGGUUGUGUUAUGACAGAAAACCAGAUUUUUGCCAUUUUAAGAGCAACAGUAUUCCUCAAUCCUGUCUGUUCUGCGGUAUUAAGCUAAGAACAGGUAAAACAGGGUAACGGUAAUCUGGACCUUAUUUUCUGCAGUUCAUUUCUUUUCAUGUUCUUGUCUGCAAAAACUCAGGAAAGCGAUUGUGAUUUGUACAGUACCUCAAAGGAAUGUGUUGAAAGCACUAUGUACUGCUGAGAGUAAUGGGAUAGGCUCCAAUGUUACUUUAUAUUAAAAUGUAUGUUUACCUCAACGAUUGGAAAAUAGCAAGGAAAAUUACUUUGAAUGUAUCCAGAAAAAUAGUGAAGUGUGAUACAACUGAAUAUUUACAAUUUAAAGUAGAAAUGGAAGGAUUUUUUUUUUUUAAAAAAAAGCUUCUUUUACAAAUUAUGGGGAAUUAACCAGAGCAGAGUCAUUCUUUAUGUCAGUCACUGCAAGAGUUCUUCGUACACUGCUCCUUGAUAAUGAAGUGAAAAUGUUCUUAAAAGUUACACUGGUUAAUGGAAAGCUCCUUACUCCGUUUGUGUUAGCGUCUAGGACAGUCAGCCACGAAACCUGUGUAGGACCCUGAAAGUCACAGUACCUAAAGACUAGGACUGCAUUUUACUGCAUAGGUGGGAGUGGUGGUGGUUUGCAAGUUCUCUCUUAAAACUGCUGGGAACAGUGUCAUUCUACUCACUAAUCUAGCUUGUAGGCUUGCCGUGCUGUUUAACAGAAUGCAAAGAUAGCAACCAAAUCAAGCAAAUAACUAACUAAAUAACUACAAAACACAACCGACCAACUUACAUAUAUAUAUACAUAUAUAUAUAUCCACAAAGAGCGUCUACAUCCCCUCUCCUUCUUUUGGACUCCUCUCUUGUCAGUGCAAUUUUGCUUCUCAUUUUAAACUCUUCUGGGCUGUAGUGUCCCCACAACGUUCAUUUCUACCUCAGUUUUGUUACAUUUCUCUUGGAAAUUAAAGUAGAAAAUUAGAAGUGGACACACACACAGGCACACACACACAUACACUCUAUAGCUUGCCAGACAUGUCACUUUGUUUUCUUCCAUCUUUUCCCAUAAAUCUCGUUGCCAAGUACAUCAGUCUUCCUGCUUAUGUCUACCUGAUUCUAGCUCCCACCCCAAUAGCAUAUGCGGCAUUUUUCAUAAUUUCGCAUUCCUCUCCUGCUCCCCACCAAGUUGUUCUUUGUCUUCCUCUGUGCUUUCUGUGCAACUUCUCACUGGUAGCUGACUGACGCCCGGCAAUGCCUCUGAACAGACACAAUGUAGGCUGCAGCUUUCCAAAGCCACUGCCCAUGCAUAAGCAGACAGCCUGGCUUUUUGAAUGUAUUUUUCCUUUUUUUUUUUCUUUAAUUUUUUAGUCAAGAGAUGCAGUAACAAAACUGUUGCAAAGCACUGGCAUUUUAUGUAUUCCAAAAGUGAUGUACAUUUUUUAAAACUUUAAAUAAAUGCAAUGGGAAGCCCCAAGAAAGUUCUUUCUGUUUUUGUUUUUGUUUGCCCUUCAAAUAUUUUUACUGAUUUCAUCCCCAAUGUCAAAUUCUCUGAAACACAACAUAGAGAAAGCUAAUGAGAACGUCAUGAUAUUUCUGAAAUUUUAUGAUGUUUGAUCCAUUACUCCUUGUUUUUAUUAUUUUCAUAUUGCUAAAAGCUGAGCAUAUGAAUCAGAAUUUAAUUUACUAUGAUAUUCCAGGAAUUAAAACUGUGCUUACAUAUAAGUAUUCCACAUUAAAAAGCAGUGCCUUUCAUUAAGGAUACAAAAAUACACCCUCUGCUUUUCACAAGUGAAUAAAUGCUACCAUCGUAUUCUGGCUCCACCCUGCACAGCCCUUAUUGUAAGGAAAUUCUAAUAUCCCCAUUAACUUGUAGGUUCAUAUUGAUCUCACUGACAAGUUUACUUUUGUAUAGUACUGGCCUAUUUUCUGUCUUUUAGACACUACAUUUCAUUUCCGCCAACAUGCUGUGUUCACUUGAAAGCAACCGGCAAGUUUUGAUAAAUCCAGUCUUACUUAGACAACUUUGGAAAAUCCAAUAUUGAUCCAUAUUUUUUGUGGCUAGUAAGAGUUAAUGCCAAAUAUAUGACUGCACUGUUAUGUUUUACAUGCAUUUACAAAACUGAAAAUGAAGUCAGACAUACUGGCUUUUAGCUUUAAGUGACUUAAUAAUUACUUUGAGAUAUCAAUGGUCAAAAAUCCAUGUAUUUAGGCAGAAGCUGAAUUCAUGUGUGAAUUUCAUUUAGCCUCCCGAAUUCUAGGAUUUGAGUUUGUAAGAAAUUGGGCAUGCUGAAGAAAUGAAGAACUUUUGGGGGAGAUAAGGCUGACCUUUGAGUAGAUAGUGCUCUCCUGUGAUUCUUUGAUUCUACAUGACAGCAUUAUGAGCUCUUGUAUGGACUAGCCUAAUAAUGAGCUCUUUUCCGACUAUCCCUUCUGGAGCAUGGUGUGGGGGAUGGGGACCGCAUCCUCAGUAGUGAAUGUGCACAAUCAGUGAUAGUACAACUGAGUAACGGGCUCCAUACUCUUGGCCUCUUUUUGACUGCUAAGAAUUUGGAGAAGGCUCCUAAUGAAGGUAAGGAGUUAAUGAGCCAGUCUAAAUCCCUUCCCUUCUGGCUAAGGGAUUUGAGCCCUUUCACUUAACAGCCCCUAAUUCUCUUCUUCACAACUGCAAUAACAUUUCCAACGGGGACAAAAAGGAAGUGAAGGAAACCACUUCAGAAGGAUCAAUAGAAAUUCAAGAGGUAGUUCAUAAUAACCUUAUGUGUGACACAAAUGGAAGUACUCUACACUUCUGGCAUGCUUCUCACCAAAAUAUUUAGAACAUUAGUGACAAUAUGGAAAACUGUGCUGACUGAGCUGAUCAAUGGAAUGUGAAGGCAGUAUACUUUAAGGCUAUUUACUUUCACACUGAAUGUUUAUCUAUUAGUCAGUUUGUAUUCUACUCAAAUGCAGAUAGACGGGUAUAAUGUUUCCUUGUGCAUUUGAAACCUAUCAUGGAGAAAAUAAACCAUUCCACUAAAAUACAUAGGCCAAACACCAUCUGGGCGAGUGAUAAAAGUUAUCCAGAGGCUAUGCUAUGUAAAAUAGCAAGGUCAAUCUACAUUUGUUGCAUAGUACUUGGCUAUGCAGUUUUCAAAAACACUACAUCCAAAAGAGUUCAAAUUAAUUCCUACAAGAGGUCUUUGUAAAUUUAAACAUAUUUGUGGGUUGGAAAACAUGUUUUAGAGGCAUUUAUAAUUUCUCUGAAAAUGUGUCUAACUCCAAGCAGGAAGAUAAUGCUAUAAUCCCAUUCUCGUGUUUCUUAACAAGAACUGGGUAUCGUGAUCAGUGAAAAUGUAUUUUGCAAAGUGAAAGGGACACAGUUGGUUGAACUAUUGAGGCCACUAGAGUAAAGUUCUAAUAUAUAUACAUAUAUAUAUAUAUAUAUACAUAUAAAAUCGGUGUGUUUGUGUGUGUGUGUGUGUGUGUGUGUGUGUGUGUGCCGUUUUCACCACCACCUAUUCGAACUUUAAAACUAACAUCUAUUUUACAUUAUUCAGAAGGAACUGUUUACUUCCUUUCUUCUUCAUAUGCGCAGAGAUAUACAUGGCCACUUUACAAUUUAUAGUGUUUUAAUAUGUUAUUUUUCUUUUGAAAAGUAAAGCUUUUGGUUGUUGAGUCACCUGCCGGUUUUCAUAUGAAGCACAUUAGCAAACAUGGAGCUAUUAGUAUUUCAGAAUUCAAAAUCAGCUGCACUUGUGACUAACCCACACACGAACUGAAUCUCACACUCUGCUAAGACCUCUGGUUGACAUUCGAUUUUGAACCUGCCAGAUGCAUUUGUGUGAACCAGGGAUACUGCAUCUUUAAUGAACAAGUCUCUCCUCUUUCCCUUGUUUUUAAAUACUACACAAGCAGUGUAGCACUAGGCACUGCAAUUGUCAAAGACAAUUAGACUGAAAGCAGGAAAAUUUCACCUCCCUGUCUCAGUGAUAUGUAGAAUGUCGGCAGCAUGGGUCAGCCUUGCCACAGAGUUGUGUGAGAAUAUAUGAAUCAGUCCUAUAGAAUGUUAAAUAUUUAUAAAAUGGUUCUGUAGUAUACCAAGGUUGGGAGCACAUUCAUUCUUUCUUGUUGCUUUAUGAUACAAAAAAAGCAAAAGUUUAUUUCGAGGUUUAAAACUAAGUCACCUCUCUCACUCGUGUGUGUGUGUGUGUGUGUGUGUGUGUGUGUGUGAGAUGUUUUCUUGUGGAUUAUAUACAGUUGCUAAAGAAUAUUCAUUUCUUUUUUUUUUCUUUUUUUCAUCUGAUGUAUAUUCAAACAUUGUUCUUUAUAACCAUUUCUACCUCAUUGCUACAUAUUGUACAUGUAGUAUUUAUUUGUUGUCUUUUUUUGAAUGUCAUGCAUUUCGUAAGAAAAAGACUUGUCCUUGAACUUGAACAGUCUACCUCAGAAAGACUGUCCUUACACUGAACAGUAUUAGCAACCUAAAUGAUAAGGCGCAUUAGCGAAGUGUGGCAGGGUAGAUAAUGCACGAGUACUUGGGAUACUGAUGGACUUUUAAUUGUACUCAUAACACAAGAUUGCUUAAAAAAAACUUAAAAGAAAUUAUGCACUGUGUAGGUCUUCAUCAAUGUCCCAUUUGGAGCAUAAUAUACAUAAUGCAGUUUUAAUCCAAUGCAUCCAUCUCUGAGAAAUGUGUUUGCAUUCUCAAGUAUUUUACACUGGUAAUUUGGCUACUCAAAACAAACAAACUAAAACAUUUUUACAUUCUUUUGACUGAGAACUUCAGCU